AUUAUUCGAAAAAAAAAGGCAGCGAUAGAUAAGGCUCUGGGAAGACACACUGAAAACAGAGAGUUGCAGAGAAUAGGUAUAUGGGAUGAUGAUGGAGGAGAGCAACAACGUCAUCGCACCGUUCGUUUUGAAGACUUACCAGAUGGUUAACGAUCCAACGACGGACAAUCUAAUCACUUGGGGAAGAGCCAACAACAGCUUCAUCGUCGUCGACCCACUGGUCUUCUCCCAGAGACUGUUACCCGCUUACUUCAAGCACAACAAUUUCUCCAGCUUCGUCCGCCAGCUCAACACCUAUGGAUUUCGAAAGGUCGAUCCAGAUAAGUGGGAGUUCGCGAACGAGUGGUUUCUACGAGGACAGACGCAUUUGCUGAGAAACGUGGCGAGGAGAAAACAAAUGGGCAAGAGUUCUAACUCGAAUUCGCUUUUUUCGAAUUCGAAUUUCUUACCAACGAAGCACGAGGAGCUCAACGACGAAGAUAUAAUUAUGGAGAUUUCGCGGUUGAAGCAGGAGCAGAAGGCGCUGGAGGAAGAAAUCGGGAAUAUGAACCGGCGGCUGGAGACGACGGAGCGACGGCCGCAGCAAAUGAUGGCGUUUCUACACAAAGUGGCGGAGGACCCGGAGAUUCUGCCACGUAUGAUGCUCGAGAAGGACCGCGCGACGACGGCGCUGUUGGGAGAGAAGAAACGGCGGGUUAUGAUGAUAGCAUCGACGUCGUCGUCGUCAUCGGGGAUGGGGGCCACCACUUCCGUUAGGACUGAGGACGAAGAUGAUGGAACCGUAGGGGUAAUUUCGUCAUCUCCUGAAGCAGGUUUUGAGAUGGAGAGUUUUAAUCGGUAUUCCACGUCACCGGAGGUCCAGACGGCGUCGGAUUGGUUAAGGCAGAGGCGGUUUGUGGAUCAAGUUCGCGCUGUACAAAACCCGAAUAAUAUGAAUCCGACGGCGUCGGGUCAUGGGGCGGAGAAUAUCCGGAAUAGUAGUAGUUCCGGGUACGGGUAUGGGAAUGGGAAUGGUGGCGACCCUGGCGGGGAAGUGGGAUACUUCACGGAGGUGGAAGCUAGUCCGCCACCGCCUUAUCCAUUUUCGCUACUGGAGGGAGGCUUUUAGAUGUAGGUGUUUUUGGUGCUUUAACAAUUUGUAUGUUUCAUUUUUCGGUCGAAUUUAACAAGAUUUUUCUUGGAUUCUA